AUGGCCUUUGAACCCGAAGAUGUCAUUGCAUAUCUUUUCCCACACAAAGGAGAGGGGUUCCCAGACGCAGCAUCAGCGGUUGGAUAUAAGAAGAACAAGAGGCGUUUCAAGGCCGCCGAGCGAACACCUGACUCAGCUCGCGAUAGUCAAGAGAGGAGUGGAGGAGAGGACUCGAUUGAUGAGAAUCUGAUUGAGAAUCUAGAUGGUCUAGUGCUUUUGUUCAGUCACGGUGCUAAGACCGGUGCCGGUAUUGUGCUUGGGCAUUCGGACAGUUCCGAUGUGGUGCUCAGGGAACGGAAAGGCGUCAGCAGAAGUCACGUUGCGUUGACCUUUAACGACCAAAACAUGUUGGUAGCACGAGACAUGGGUUCGAGCGGAGGAACAAGAGUUGUGUACAAGGAUGAGAAGCUGCCACGAGUUAAAGGAUCUGAAUGGCUGAUCCAAGGCCCCAGCAUCGUCAAGGACCAGCUACCAGUACUUGACAUUGCAGACAAGAUGCAGUUCAAAGUCGUUUUGCCUCAGCAUGACGUCGAAUCAGCUGACUAUAUUCAGAGAGUUGCGAGAUUCCGCCUGGGAACGGCUGGUCCUGAGAGCAUCAUGGGCAAUUUCGGAAUUUCCAGUGGCUCUUCGACUCAACUUCCCACCGGACAGCAAUCACCCUCGGCCGUGGAGACCAUGUUCUUCGAACAAGUCGUCGGUCGCGGAGGCUUUGGUACUGUCACAUACGCAUGGAACGAGCACAUUGUCGCGUUCAGGAAUGCAACUUUCUUUCCCGAGCCAAGGUUGGAGAUCGAGUACGUCCCCGGAGGGUCUCUCGAUCAACAUAAUUGCCUGUCAACUAUCGAGAGAACACAAAUCCUCUGCCAGUUGACGUCAGCUCUGGAGUAUCUCCACAAUCGACCUGUCCGCAUCACCCACCGUGAUAUCAAGCCCCAGAAUAUACUGGAUUCAGAAAGGGGAGAACGUGGCAUUGUUGUGAAGUUUGCCGAUUUUGGCCUCUCCAAGGAGUCGGAGUUCCUCCAGACCAUAUGCGGAAUGCCAGAAUGGCUAGCCCGGGAAGUGCUCAGUCUUCGGCGACCUUACGACGAGUCUGUCGACAUAUGGUCUCUUGGCUUGGUGCUGGCUUGGCUGGAAUGUGGUCUACCGAAUUAUGAGCUAGGCAUGCGGCGAGAUUCGCGGGCGUGGGCGAAAGAAGUGCGCAGGCACAUUCAAAGCCACUGCUAUCAGACUGGUAGUGUUCUCCUGUCCUGGGUUUUGGACAAUAUGGUGGUUGAAGAUCCAGGCAUGAGACUGUCAGCAAGGGAGUGCCAUGUCGAGGCAUGGCAGCUCAUGAAGAGUGCUGAGGAGCCAAGAUAUCGAUGA